AUGGAAGUAGAUACUAAUAAUGAUGACACAAAUGAUGAUACUUUAGCGUCAAGUGAUGAAAAUAUUAAUUUUGAUAAUAAAGAAGAAGAACUUAUGUACAAAUGUGAAAAAUAUAACGAUAAAGCAGAUGAAGAAGUUGAACAGGAGGAAAAAGAAUAUGAUGAUAUUUGUACAUUAUUAAAAAAAUUAAAUAUUGAAGAAGCACCAACAUCAUAUUAUCAAAUUAAACAGGUAUUAAUUACUGAUGACGAACCAAAAGUAACAAUAAAAACAGUAUAUAUUUGUGAAUCUUGUUCUAAAGAAACAAAAUCAUUAAAUCAUUGUGAUAAUAAGAAUUGUGAUUAUCAUCAACAAGCAAAAAUCCAUCCAUGCAUAUUUAAUUAUUUUAAUAUAAAAGAUCAAUUAUCAACAAUAUUAAGAACUGAAAAAAAUAUUUAA